CGGUCAAAUGUAUUCACUUGCUACAAAGUAUAAAGAAAGACAUAAUGAAGCAGCAUCCGUGUAUUCCAUUUCUGUUCAUCGGUCGUAAAUGGCGCCACCAACUCCGAAUAUUCAAACGUUUGAGACGGAGGAUCAAGUCGCCAUCGCUCUUGCUGUAUACAUCCUCCAUCUCUCUGCUAAAUUCAUCGCCGCCAAUGGUUCUUUCUCCGUUGUUCUCUCCGGCGGUUCUUUAAUCGAUACUCUCAGGAAAUUAACUGAACCUCCAUACGUUGAUUCCAUAGAUUGGUCGAAAUGGUCGAUAUUCUUCCUUGAUGAACGAGUUGUUCCUCUGAAUCAUCCUGAUUCAAAUUACAAGCUUGCUUAUGACGGAUUUCUAAGCAAGGUGCCAAUUCCUGAAUCAAACAUCUAUCCGAUCAAGGAAAGAUUAUCACCGGAGGAAGCAGCUGAUGAAUAUGAACAGCGCCUCAAAGAUCUGGUAUCCAACAAGAAACUAAGAACAUCAGAAAUUACAGGGUUUGCUAAAUUCGAUCUGAUGUUAGUCGGAAUGGGUCCAGAGGGGCACGUCGCAUCACUCUUCUGCUGGCAUUUUCAACGAUUUGAGAAGAUAAAGUGGGUGACUUUCAUCACGGAUUCACCCAAACCUCCUUCUAACAGAAUCACUUUCACCUUCCCUUUGAUCAAUUCAGCUUCUGAGAUUGCAAUGGUGGUGACCGGAGAAGACGCAGCUGAUGCAGUGAAGGUGGCGUUGGGCCCACAUGCUUCUUAUGGUUUUCCGUUGCCUGUGCAGAAGGUUUCACCUGAAGGAGGGUUCACGUGGUUCUUGGAUAAGGCUGCUACUUCAGAGCUCUGAAUAAUGUUUACUUGUACACAAACCUUUCUUUCUAUAUUUAACAUGGCAAGAUAUUGUUUGCUAUAAUUUAUGUAUUGUUU